GGCUGUGCGGCGGCAGCAUGGAAGUCCUGCCCUGCUCCAGGGUGGCUCACAUCGAGCGCAAGAAGAAGCCCUACAACAACAACAUCGGUUUCUACACCAAGCGCAAUGCCCUGCGGGUGGCUGAGGUGUGGAUGGAUGACUACAAAUCGCACGUCUACAUCGCAUGGAACCUGCCACUGGAGAAUCCAGGUAUUGACAUUGGGGAUGUUUCUGAGAGAAAAGCGCUAAGGAAGAGCUUGAAGUGUAAAAAUUUCCAGUGGUACUUGGACCACGUUUAUCCGGAAAUGAGAAGAUACAACAACACCGUCGCUUAUGGCGAGCUUCGAAACAACAAGGCAAAAGACGUUUGCCUUGACCAGGGCCCGCAGGAGAACCACACUGCGAUAUUGUACCCGUGCCAUGGCUGGGGGCCGCAGCUUGCACGCUACACCAAGGAGGGCUUCCUUCAUCUUGGUGCCCUCGGGACCACGACUCUUCUGCCCGAUACCCGCUGCCUGGUGGAUAACGUGAAAAGCCGCUUCCCGCAGCUCCUCGAUUGCGAUAAGGUCAAGAGCAGUCUCCAUAAACGCUGGAAUUUCAUACAGAAUGGUGCCAUCCUGAACAAGGGCACGGGACGAUGCUUGGAAGUGGAGAACAGGGGAAUGGCCGGCAUCGAUCUGAUUCUUCGCAGCUGCACAGGACAAAGGUGGACAAUUAAAAAUUUCAUCAAGUAAAGGGUAGAAGAGUCAGAGCAGUUUGACUCAAAACACGGCUGACUUGGACUGAUCCCACUGGACUCCUUUGGAAAGGAUGAAAUCAAAACAGAGCUUUAUUCAUGUUAUUAGGAGAGGACAUGGGGGAAAUGGGCAUUUGUGUCUUUUUAUUUUUAUUGUAUAUUAGUCUCCCACAGCUGAUACUAGCUGUGUGAAAUUGGGUCAGAACUGCUAUUUUCUUCUGGCGAGUACUCUAAAAGGUACCACUUAUUUCUGCUGGAAUGACAGUAAUAAGCUCAUGCAGUCUUGUGAGCAUUUUACUGACAGGGAAUUGUUGCUUUCCCAGACGACUCCAAGCUUUCCCAAAGGGCCAGGUAUGUUUGCACCAUGAUCGGAGU